AUGCCUUGCCGGCGGCCGGGCGGAGAACGCUUCCUACUCCUGGAGCGCGCCGCCGUGUCUUUACAGAGCGGUGCCGGGACGGCCGGCAGCUGCUCCAAAGAAGUGGACGCCUUGGUAGCCAAGCUGGGAGAGGUGCUGCAGUUGAGCUCUCAGCACCGGACGCCGGCGGCACCGCCUCCUCCCGAGUCGCCGUCUUUGCUCCUUUGGCCGCCGCCGCCCCCACCUCCGCCGCCCACUGCGGACCAGAAGGGUAGUCCGCGGAUCUCCAAGCAACUGUGCGGCCGGGGCUGGUUGCGGAGCUCAGCUCGGGCUGGGAGGAAGCAGCCCCGUCGCCACCACCGCUACCGCUCGCUGCUGCCUGCGGGCGACGACGAGGAUGGCGACCCUCACCGCCUCCUGCAGCAGCUCAUCCUCUCCGGCAACCUCAUCAAGGAGGCGGUGCGGAGGUUGCAGUUGGCGGCCUCGACGGCGGCCGAGACUUCUUCCACCACGGGCUCCCCUGGCUCCGUUUCGUCCGCCGGGAGCUGCUGCCGCUGCAAUAGCAGCGACGGAGACGCGGGCGCAGCGUUCGCCGUCGCCUCUUUGCAAGCCCUGCCCUAG